AUUUCGAAACUUGGGACUUUGAUGACUUCGGCCUCAUUAUUUCAUUGAUUCUGGAAAAGAUUUAGGCAUCCAAGUAUGCUAAAUGUGAUUAUCAUUUCUUGUUAACUUAUUCUUUGAGUUUGGAAAAGCUUGAUAGAAUGAUCAUUGGCGACAGUUGGUGAUGCCAGGAUGAGGGAAGAAGAGGUUGAGACUGCCAUUAAGGUGGUCGUCGUGGGAAACGGUGCUGUGGGCAAGUCAAGUAUGAUACAACGAUACUGUAAAGGGAUAUUCACCAAAGACUAUAAGAAAACUAUUGGGGUGGACUUCCUUGAACGGCAGAUAGAAAUCAAUUGUGAAGAUGUGCGUUUGAUGUUGUGGGAUACAGCGGGACAAGAAGAGUUUGAUGCAAUAACCAAAGCUUAUUACAGGGGUGCGCAGGCUUGUGUUCUAGCAUUUUCCACAACUGACCGUGAUUCGUUUGAAGCAAUACCAUCAUGGAAAAAGAAGGUGGAAGAUGAAGUGGGCGAGGUAGCGAUGGUGCUGGUACAGAACAAAAUAGAUUUAGCUGAUCAAGCUCUAGUACAAGAGGAAGAAGCUGAUGAACUAGCCACGAGAUUAAAUAUGAAAUUUUAUAGGACAUCAGUGAAGGACAAUGUGAAAGUUGAUGAUGUAUUUAUGUACUUAGCUGACAGAUACUUGACCCAGUUGGAUGCUGUCGUAGAGGAUGAAGAACCUCAACAAACAAUAGGAAAGUCUAGUCUGUUUACAUCUGAAAACAACUCCGUUGGAAACAAAUCAGAGAAGAAAAAAGAUGGUGGAACAAUCACAUUACAACCAUCAAAAAGAAGGACUCGUGGGAAAAAAAUUUCGCUGCAUAAAUGUUCUGUGGUAUGACGUAGCAUCUGAGAGUAUUGAAUUAUGGAAUAUCCACCACAAUGGGAUUUCAGUCUUCGCAUUUUGUGAUCUUUUUAUAAUGAAUUUUUUCAACAUGUUCUCCAGUAUUGUUACAAUUCUGUAUGUUAUUUCAUAAAGGAAUGGAUUCUGUAAAUAUUGUGCCAAUAUUUGUUGUAAAAUGGAAAGUAGCAAAGGAAGCACUGUAACUUUGCAUUGUGUAUAUAACACCUGGAAGUUGAUAAGUCAAGGGAUAAUGGAUCACGCAAAGAUGACACAAGAGCUGUGGAUGGGUGAAGUGCCGUGGUUCAGCGCAAACAGUUGUGUGAUGAAGUCAUUGUCUUUAAAAAAGGAGAUGAGAGUUGUGCCCUGUAGUACUCUAUGGUGUUCCAGAGAGCACUGUGACAUAUCUAGGUACAAAGGACAGUAAACAGAUUUCUUUGAAGACUGCUACACCAUUCAAAGCUUUUCACUCCUUGUAAUUUUCAAGGAAAUGGCAGAAAUAUAUCUGAAUGUUUUUGUUUCCUCAUUUUUAGCUCACAUGGGUGAGCUUAUGUCGUCACGUCUUGUCUGUUCGUCGUCCGUCAACAAUAGGGGCACAUUUGCCCACUAUAGAAAGUUGAAACUUGGUACGUCAGGAUGUGUUUCCCUGAGCUUGACCUUCAACAAGUCCAUGUAGUUUUAAUUUGUACAUGAUGUACAAAAAGUCUCAUUAUAUCACAUACGGUAUAACGUUGUAAUAAUAUUUGUUGUUUUUGCUGGUAAAUAAAAGUUUCAUUUUCAGUUUUGUCCGAAGAAUACAA